GCUGACGAUAUGGUGAAAAUAUCUCUGUGUUGAGUUCACGUGUUUAUGGUGCCUACGUGGAGGAUAAGACAGGUUCAAGAAUUCACUCUGGUUUUGACAAGUCAAAUUGUGCAUUCAAAUCGAUUCGGUAUAACGCAUUAUUAGUGAGAGAUUGAUCAAUCCGGUGACUGUGCUGCGUUAUGCUGUUGGUGUUGGACUCAUUUUCGCAAACAAUAUGGGUGAUCAAUCGCGUAAAAUGAAAAAUCCUCUCCUGACUGCCGCUGGUCAAGGAUUCUCCUUCGAUGAUUUUGGAGGGAGCAAUUUGCUGAUGCCUGUCACUCCAGCUGUUGUCAACGAGCCGCCUCGUCAAGAGAUUCAUGAUACUCACCACGAAGUUGAGCUGGUAAGUUCAACCCCAGCAAUUCUCCAGCCCUCGAUAGUCGAGCACAAUAUCCACCCCCCCAUAACCGAAAUUCCAUUAACCCCCCGUGAAUCGAAAGAACCGUCAGUCGAUUCCCAGAGAUCUUACUUCACGUCGAUCCUCUCAUCGCUGCCAAGCCUCUCUCUCACCUCGUUGACGGGACAACAGGGCACAACACCCAGUGCACCCUCCAACGAUUCAAUAGAGGACAGGCUGUCUGCAAAUAACCCAUCAUACUUCCAACCGCAGGAGUAUCAUCAACCGGAGAAUCCCAACGAUCAAUCUCGUCCACCGUCACUCCAGCAGCCACCCCAUCCCCCAACCCCCUCGUGUCCACCCACCGCUUUGGGCACAGUAUCGUAUCGUCUUGGCAACCAGCGACGCCUGAAAUACGCCCCCCCACCGGAUUUGACAUCAAGCACAGUAAAAACUUUUACACCACCCCCCCUCGCUGUUCAAAGUACUCCAACUCAAGCACAACAAUCAGACUUCUUCAAUCCGAGCUUCGCUGCUCCACGGGCUGAUGAUAAUCACGGAUUUCCACUAGUUCCAUUACUACCUAAUAAUCCAUCGAUAUCAGCGAUAUCUGGACCCCAAGAAAUCCCGACGGGUGGUGCAUUGAGGGAUCCUGUCACCCCCCACAACACCCCAGCCAACUACUUCGCAGCGGCUGUAUUUGAGCCGAAUUAUCAUCCCCAUCAGCAGCAAUCAAUAAACGAUUUGUCUGAGUUUCCCCCGAUAACUGGUACAUCGAGAGAAGCUCGUAAUGAUCCGACACCGAGUGCACCGAAUGAUGCACCGAGGCCAGAAUCAGUCCCUGAAGAUCUAGCAGAUAUAGAUCUCCAGAGAACCUCACCACCAGGUGCUUUUCAGCCACGAGAGGCCACAAGGGUCAGCCGCCUCGAGGGCCAAUCACCAAUCAAACCAUUGAUCGGGGAUUUUCCACCGGUGGAGUCGGCAAAUCACCUGUUCACGAGUAAUUUCCCUCAUGUGAACAGUGAGCCAAGUCUCAGUAAAUUUUUUGAUGCGAAUAACGGUGGUGCGAGGCAUGUAAAACCGAGCCAAUCAGCUCAACCUCUUUCACAGUUAUCGUUUUACAAUCCCGUUGAAUUUGAAUUGAAUUCUAGUGUUGAUAAUUUACCUCGUCAAUGUGAAACUACCACGCAAAGCGCAAUUAGCGGUGGAUUCAUUUCAGCAACGACUAAUAGUGGCAACUGGUCGUCGCCUCGGGCAACUUCAAUCACAAGUGAAAUGCCCGAACCAACGGGCACAGCAACACUUAAUCCGAUACAAACAUCGAUAAAUCCAUCGAUCGUACGUAGUCAGCAGACUGAUACUAUUCCACCGAGUCUUCACAGUUUGGCAGCUGGGAGUGAUAAAAAAAUGGUGUACAGGCCAGUUUAUCAUCACUGGUUUUAUCGGAAAAAUGUUGAGAAUAAAGUGUUAUGGAAUCCGUUUUCGAUGCAGGAUAGUUUGAGUCUGGAGGGGGUGCAUAAUUCCAGUGAUAUCACACCGGAGACAAUGGUUGCCACUGAUGGGGGUCGUUAUGACGUUGAGAUACUCAAGCGACAGAGGGUGCCUGUUUACUGGACUGGAGAACCCGUUGAGGUCAGAAGGGCCUCGUGGUUUUACAAGGGCCCUGGUGAGUCAAGGUAUAUUCCCUAUGAGGAGGGGACUGCCGCCAGGCUCGAGGAGGAGUACAAACAGGCGUGCACCAAUGACCACUGGAACAGGAAGGUCGAGCUCAAUAAUGGAGAGUACGUUGUUUUUCACAGUGCUACCAUACAGAUUCAUUACCUUCCGACCAGCUCACCUGAGCUUGUCGCCUCUUGGGGCAACAGUGCUGAUUCAGAGAGUACUACGUAUUUGCAGGGCACAUCGACUCGGCCUAAGGUAGUUAAACGUGGGGUAGAUGAAUUUCACAUCGAGGAGGGCGAACCUGAGAAAAUCGACCACCUUCUGUUCCUCGUCCACGGAAUCGGUAGUGUCUGCGAUCUAAAAUUCCGAAGUGUCGAGGAAGUAGUUGACGAGUUUCGAAGCAUUUCCCUUCAGCUCAUCCAAUCGCACUACCGUACAACGAGUACUCAUGGGAUUGUAAAUAGGAUUGAAGUACUACCAAUAUCGUGGCACGCAACAUUGCACUCGGAGGACACUGGGAUCGAUAAGAAAUUGAAGGCUAUAACACUGGAGAGUAUACCGAAAUUACGACACUUCACUAAUGACACUCUGCUAGACAUCCUGUUCUACACGAGUCCAGUUUUCUGUCAAACAAUAAUGCAGACUGUUGGUAACGAGAUGAAUAGAGUGAACGCACUUUUCAGGGAGAGAAAUCCGAAUUUUACUGGGGAUAUUUAUCUCGGGGGUCACUCACUGGGCAGUUUGAUUCUUUUCGACCUCCUAUGCCAUCAGAAGGCACCAGUGGACGAGACUAAACCUGACGCUGAUGACGUCAUCAAGGAAGAGGAUGAAAACACAGACGAGGAGAGAGACAGCUCCAUCAACUCAUCCCUGAAACCCAUGCCCAAGCCAAUGCUCAAACGUCGCCUGAGCAGGAAAAUAAGUUACGUUAUGGGGGCAGCAGGCACUGGCCAGCCAUUCAUCGUUUAUCCACACCUGAAUUUCUCACCCAAGGCAUUCUUCGCCCUCGGCAGUCCAAUUGGAAUGUUUGUCACUGUUCGUGGCAUCGAUAAGCUCGGGGAGAACUUCAAGCUCCCCACUUGUCCUGCUUUCUUCAAUAUUUUUCAUCCGUUCGACCCAGUUGCCUACAGGAUGGAGGCACUCAUCAAUCCUGAGGCGUACAAAUUCAGACCGAUGCUGAUUCCUCAUCACAAAGGGAGAAAACGAAUGCAUUUAGAAUUGAAGGAAACUAUGGCGAGAGUGGGGGCUGAUUUGAAGCAGAAGCUUCUGGACUCAGUGAAAAGCACCUGGAAUUCAGUUUACCAAUUGGCAAUGUUCCAUCGCCAGGACAAUCACGCACUUGAGCAAGAGAUCGAUAAAGUGGUCGAGGAGCAGCUGCAAAAGUCGAGUAAUAGUAACCAUAAUAUUGAUCAUGAGCAGGAUGACGAUAGGGAGAAUGAGAGAGGGGUGAAUUUGAAAGUUGGACAGCUCAAUGGUGGCAGACGUAUCGAUUACGUCCUCCAGGAAGCACCUUUCGAGUACAUAAACGAGUACAUUUUCGCCUUGACCGCCCAUGUGUGCUACUGGGAAUCGGAGGAUACGAUGCUACUGAUAUUGAAGGAGAUGUAUGGGGCCAAUGGGAUACAGACAGACGCACAAUUACCCCAACAAACGAUGACCAUUGAACGUCCUGCUGCUGAUUCCCCGAGUUUCUUCAGUCCUGGACCUUCGGGAGGAGUAUCAACUCCGGAUGCCUUCGGGUUACCGAGUACAACCAUGGGAGCCCCAAUGGGGGUCGAUCCCACUGCACCCAUGAGUCACAGACCUGUCGGACCACCUCCCACUUCUGGAUUCGUACGGAAAUCCUAAUGUGAUAUUAAUAUUAUUUCUCAAGACAACGAAUCAAAUUGUGAAGCUAAUGCGAACGAUCAUAUCGUUCUGAAGUCAAGUGGUGGAAUGUAUCGAUAAGAAAUUAUAUUUUUGUGCAAUCGUGGGAAAUAUCGAGAGAUCUUUUUUGUAGUUAAUUAAAUUUUUCAAUAAAAAUGUGGCGCAAGCCACAAUAUCAAUUU